GUCUUGUUGUUGUCAAGGAUUGAUUUACUUGUAGUGUUGUCUCCAUUGUUGUUUGUAUCGCCAUCUUGCCCAUCUCCUGGUGUUUGGUCUUUUUCCCACGAUGCGGAUUUGUCGACGAGAAUGGACCGCCUCCGCAAUUUUCUUUCUCUUCUUGUCAGGACCGCAUGGUUGCCUUGGUUUCUUCUCAUCGGCGUUGUCCUCGGCGGCAAGGGUAGCAUCCACAAACAGCUUUGAUUACAACAGCGACAAGGAAGUCGCCCAAGUGCUGGCAUCGAUCGGUGACAUGACGACCAGUCCAAGCCCAUCAUCCGUUUCCUUCAACUCUGUGACGACCAACCGGGCCAUCGAAAUCACUCAGGUCGUGGGAGGAGACUUCCUCAAGCCCGUGGUGGCCUCCCUGUUCUCGGAAGGAAUCCCCGAAGACUGGAAUUCCUUCUGGUCGCAACGAUGGAAUGGAGGAGAACUCAAUCAUGCACAGAGGCUAGCGGCUUGCUGUGAGUCCCUGGGGCCAACCUACGUGAAAUUUGCUCAAGCAGUCUCGUCUCGCCCAGAUAUCGUACCCAAAGCAUUGGCGGAUGCCUUGAGUGUACUACAGGAUGAUAUGCAACCAUUUGAUAGUGAUACUGCCAAGGAAAUUAUCAGAAGGGAUUUACUGUCAAAGUCGGGAUCUUCGACUUUCUUUCAAGCAAAUCCAGCACAGCUAGACGAUUUUUUGCAGAGCCUCUCCGAGGAACCAGUGGCUGCGGCCAGCGUCGGCCAAGUGUUCUCGGGUUUCCUACCAGGUUAUGGAAAGGUAGCCGUCAAGGUGAAGAGGCCCGGGAUCAAAGAAAUUGUCGAUCGAGAUACUCAGCUCCUGAGAUCUGUGGCUGUUUUUCUCGAGUCUAUUCCUGCUAUACCGAUCCCUUCUACUACUGCAAAAGACGACAACCUGCACCAACCCGAUCGGCUCAUUGCCACUGAAUUGAAGAGCUCAGUAGACGAAUUCAUGUCUCGGUUAUAUGAAGAGCUGGACUAUCGUAAUGAGGCUCUGAACAUGGACAAGUUUGCUAGUCUCUAUUCCGUGCGACGGGGGACUUCAAAAAACGUGAAAGUGGUUGUGCCAGAAGUCCUGCUGGAUCUGUGCACGGACAAUGUCAUCAUUAUGGAAUUCAUAGAGGGGACGAAACUGACAAACGUUGUCAAUGAGGAUGGCCAUAUAGGAGACGACACUGCCGAUCAGCUGAUUGUUGCUGAGAAUCUUGCACUGGUGCAGCUAUGUAUCGACUGCACUCUGUCGCAGUUGUUGGAAACAGGAGUUCUUCAUGCGGACCCUCACGGUGGCAAUCUCCUAAAGGUGGCCAGAUCAAAAACAUCCGACUCUGAUAAGAGUGUUGAGGCUCAGAGUAAACAAGGACGCUUUCAAAAGAUCCGAGGAAGAAUACAAGCUGCAGUUUUCAGGAACCAACAGAAGAAUGAGGAGGAGGUUCGGCUGGCGUACCUCGACUUUGGUAUGCUCAGCACAGUCGACGAACAAGUAAGGGAUGCACUCAUUUGCGCGGUGGUAAAUCUGGUGUUUGCGCGUGAUGUGGAAAGCGUGGCAAGACUGUUUGGAGAGCUGCAACUGCUUCCAGACGAUGUUGUCAAUAGUCCAUCCGAAAUGGCUGCGUUAGAACAGUCGCUGGAAAACUUGUUUGACCAGGUAUUGAUCUACCCGGAAGGAGGUCAAUCAUCCGACGACACUCAGAUUCCUUCACUACGAUUCGACAAACUACUGGACUCGCUGUCUCGCCUAAUUCCAAGAUUCCGGUUUGAUCUUCCCCCUUACUUUUUGAACAAUGCGCGGGCCUUGUCAACCCUUGAGGGUAUUGCCCGAUCUUUGGAUCCGACCUUUAGCGUGCUUCAGGUUGUGUAUCCAUAUGCACUCAAUCGGCUGCUACGAAACCCAUCCAACAGCCCCGUUGUGGAUGAAACACUACAAGGCCUGAUACGGUCGCAGGAAACUGGGCGCGUUGACAAUGCCAAGGUGGCGAAGCUGCUGGAUGAUGCUGCCCUGAUCACUGGUUACAAGAGAAGAAAGGUGUUGUUUGACAUUCUGAGAACCCGAGGAGGUCUGCGAUUGACGCGUACGAUCGCGCAGGAAGGGUUGUUGGCUUGUCUUUUCCCUCGUCUCAUGAAUCGUCGUCGUCGCUUUUGAGGGGGUUAAGGCGACGCUAAACAAAGCUGAGCAAUGCAGAACUGGGCGACUUAGUGGUGCCCCCUGGGAUACAGGCAUUUGCAGCCACGUAUUGCCUUCGCACAACACCGCCGACCAACAUCGAUCCAAACCCGUCACCAGCAGAUCCUCACCGACAGUAUAUAUCGUGAGCGCGAAAAGGACAAAGAAGGCUUUGUGGGGCGGCACUGUAAACAUGAACAGCACAUAGUCUGUCUUCCUCUAGUUGGGCGACUUGUGAGCUUCAAAAACCCAGGCUAGAUAGCUGGCAAUCAGUGCCAACGACGGGGAUGACAAAAAAUCUUAAUAUGCUUACAGCAGCUAAUUGCAACGAUACCUAUCCCUACACUGUACAGUGAUUUGGUUGCCAGCCACCCGUGGAUACAUACAUAGAUUAGAGCUACUAAAUCGAAGCAACGGCCAGCACUGGUACGUCCGGUUGUACGGUUCCAUUCUUGUUUUGGUGCUUGCAGCCUUUCAUUGUCCCGAUAGCUAGCCCGUCUCUAUGGCAUACUGGUAUCUUCACUUCAA